AUGCCCGAUAACGUAACAACAACUGUAUCAGUAGCAGCUACAACAACAGUUUCUACAUCAAUUACUGAUAAUCGAAUCGCAGAAUUCUUAUCACGAAGACGUGGAAUAGGAAAAACAUUACCCGUUGGUUGGAAACCAUUGUUACCACCUACGAAUGCUGUACGUCAGAAAAUAUUAGAUCAAAUUAUGACACGACGUAAAGAAGAGGAAAGAGAUCGUGCGGCUCGUGCAGCACGUGCUGAAGAGCGUAAGAAUGAGGAAGAGAAACAUGCUUGGUACAAAGAAGAGAUAAGCGAAUGUGAAAAAAAAAUUCAAUGUCUAAAUGCAAGGAAAAUUGAAUUAGAUGAAGCAAAAAGUAAACUAUUUGCGGAGCUCAAAGAAGUAGUUGCAAAAUCGAAAGAUCGGACUCAGAAUCAAACUGCUUUUUAUAGUCAUUUAAUUCAGUCACAAACUCGGAAUAAGGAGAGAGACGCGGAUGUUGGAUCAGUUUCAAUACGACAGUUUCCUGUUGAUGGUUUGCCGAAUUCUGGUGCUGCGGUUACCAGUGGAUAUUCUGAUUUGCAGAUGAAUCGGAUACUUCAGUGA